AUGGAGGACGUAAACCAGUCUGUGGUAUCUGAAUUUAUCAUUCUUGGACUUUGUAAUUCAUUCGAACUCCAAGCUUUUCUCCUAGUGAUAUUUUCUUUACUUUAUUUGAUGACCAUUUUAGGCAAUAUCUUCAUCAUAUUUCUAAUUAUUGCUGACCUUCACCUCCGCUCCCCUAUGUACUUCCUGCUAGCCAAUCUGUCUUUCAUUGACUUCUGUCUUUCUUCAGUCACUACUCCUAAAAUGAUUACAGACUUUCUCAAAGAAAAAAAAAACAUCUCUUUUGGAAAUUGUAUGUGUCAGAUUUUCUUUGGACAUUUCUUUGGAGGAGGUGAGAUGGUGCUACUUGUGUCAAUGGCCUAUGACCGUUACGUGGCCAUCUGCAAACCGCUCCAUUACUCCAGUAUCAUGAACAGACAAAUGUGCAUUGGAUUAGUGAUGACAUCAUGGAUUACUGGCUUUGUGCAUUCGAUAAGUCAGCUAGUUAUGAUUAUAAAGCUGCCCUUCUGUGGACCCAGGGAGCUGGAUAGUUUUUUCUGUGAUAUUCCAUUGGUGAUCAAGUUAGCGUGCAUGGACACCUACACUCUAGAAAUGUUAAUAAAUGCUGAUAGUGGGGUACUGGCAACCAUUUGCUUUAUUCUGCUACUGAUAUCUUACUCUUAUAUUCUGUUUGCUGUCUGCCUUCACUCUAAAGAUGGUGCAUCCAAGGCUCUAUCAACCUGCACUGCCCACAUCACUGUGGUAGUACUAUUCUUUGGGCCCUGCAUCUUCAUCUAUCUAUGGCCAGUCAGCAUCACCUGGGUAGACAAGUUUCUUGCUGUAUUUUAUGCAGUCAUCACACCUCUCCUAAAUCCAGCCAUUUAUACUUUAAGAAACAAAGAAAUUAAAACUGCCAUUAAGAGAUUACAAUGUUAG